UUUUUUUUUCAUUUUGAGUAAUGAAAAAUUCUGAAAGUAAACCCAAGCGGGGUCCUUUACAAAGCAUUCUUACUGGUGGACUGGUCGGCGGACUUGAAAUUUGUAUAACUUAUCCAACUGAAUAUGUUAAAACACAACUCCAACUUGACCAACGCUCUGCAACUCCAAAAUUUACUGGCAUUUCUGAUUGCGUUAAAAAAACUAUAAGUCAGUAUGGAUUUAAAGGAUUAUACAAAGGAAUAGCGCCUCUUCUUGCCGGUUCCGUUCCUAAAUGUGCAGUGCGUUUUAGUGCUUACGAGCAGGCAACUCAAUUGUUUAAGGAUGAAAAUAAUAAAAUAUCUCAAGGAAAAAAGUUUUUAGCCGGGCUUCUUGCAGGAGCUUCAGAGGCGGUUCUUGCUGUAUGCCCGAUGGAAACUGUGAAAGUUAAAUUCGUGCACGAUCAGUCUUUAGCGGAACCUAAAUUUAAAGGCACACACGCAUAUAUAUAUAUAUAUAAUUUUAUUAUAUAA